GCGCGCGCAAGUGUGCGUGCUUAGCUUGCUCAGUGUGGUCUCAUCCAUCUACCGUGUCCGCGGCGCAGCAGGAGGAGGGGAGCAGGGCGGCGGCGGCCACCACCACGACGUGCGGGGCGCGGCGGCGGGGCCCAUGGAGGAGCACUCGCCCACGGCCGCGGCGGGCGGCGGCGAGCGGCGGUACCGCGGCGUGCGGCAGCGGCCGUGGGGCAAGUGGGCGGCGGAGAUCCGCGACCCGCACCGGGCGGCCCGCGUGUGGCUCGGCACGUUCGAGACCGCCGAGGCCGCGGCGCGCGCCUACGACGAGGCCGCGCUGCGCUUCCGCGGCAGCCGCGCCAAGCUCAACUUCCCCGAGGACGCGCGCCUCACCGCCCCGUCGUCCACCGCCGCCGCGGCCGCUCCGGCCGCAGCGCCGGCGCCGUCCGCGACGGCGGUGGCGGCCUCGGCCGCCGGCGCGUACCCGGACGCCAGCGCCGUCUCGGAGUACCUGCAGUACCAGAUGCUGAUGCAGGGAGCCGGCGGCCACGGCGGUGGCUUUCCUCAUCAGUACUACGGCGGCGCCGCCGCCGUGAGCAGUUCCUCGGGCUCAUACUCCUUUCCCGCCUCCUCCGUCACCGUGGCUUCCGUGCCGCCGUCCUCUGCUCCGGGCUACGGCGAGGCGGCGCAGUGGGCCGGCAACAGCUGGGCGGACGGUAGUGCGUGGAGCUAUCCGGCGACUACGGGUUCUUGGUCCGGUUCCGGCCACUACCCACCGUCGACUCGUCCUCCUCAAUAGCCCAUGCUCCAAUUCCAUAAUUCCCACGUCUGCCAGUC